AUGACGCACGGGCGGAGACUCGUCCGCCGGCCCACCUCCAUCUUCGUCACCCGUGACCAGCUGAGCAGGGACGGGAAGCGUGUCAAGGACUCGGCCGUCCUCGACGCGAUAGAACGCCUCCUGGGGCGUCUUCGCGCCGCCGUUGGACAAAUCGAUUGUCCCGAGGCCUACGACGCCCCUACGCUGUGGGAAAUCGUCCAGGAGAGGCUUGCUGGGGCCAAGGGCUUCCGCCUCGACUUCAUCGCCUUCUCGGAAACGCAGACCGAGGGGAUGGAGCGAGGGACGGCGCAGGGCUACAAUUACAGCCUCAACGCCUUCAAGAAGUUCCUCGGCAGGGACAGCGUGGACGUGAACGACAUCGACAAGCGGAUGGUCGCCGACUUCCUCGCAUGGAUCGAGAGGCGCAACGGCAAGGGGUGCAGGGCUGGGUCGUUCUACCUCUCCCACCUGGCACGGCUCCACAACCUCGCCCGUGACCGAUACAACGACGACGACGUGGGCGUGGUGCGUAUCCCCCGCCAGCCUUUCAAGGACAUGAUCCCGCCGCAGCCUACCGCCUCCCACCGAGACCUGACGCCGGAGCAGGUCAAGGCCAUCGCCGAAAGCGAGCCGCUGACGUCGAGGGGAAAACUCGCCCGUGACGUGUUCGUGCUGUCGUUCGCUUUGUGCGGGAUGAACACGGCGGACAUCUACCGCAUCAAGAAGGCGGACAUCUGCGGAGGUGUGCUGACCUACAAGCGAGCCAAGACGGACAGCAGGCGAUCCGACAAGGCGGAGAUGCGGGUGAGGAUAGAACCCGAGGCGAAGGCGGUCUUCGACCGAUACAGCGGCACGAGGUCGCCCCUGGGCUUCGACGAGAGGUACUACGAUUUCAAGGAGUUCAACCGCAGCGUAAACCGUGGCCUCAAGGAGGUGGGGAGGCUCACGGGCAUCGACAAUCUCACCACCUACUACGCCCGCCAUUCAUGGGCGACGAUAGCCCGCAACGAGUGCGGCGUGGAUAGGGACACAGUCAACGAGGCACUCAACCACGCCAGCCGCGACAAGGUCACCGACAUCUAUAUCGCCAGGGACUGGCGGAGGGUGUGGGAGGCCAACCGAAAAGUGUUGACGCUGGUGUUCGGAUAA